AUGACACCACAUUCUACACAUGUAAAGUUGGACCAUGAGGGCAUAAUCCAACCCCCAGCAGAAUUUAAGGAGAGAUCUAAGUCGAAGCCAAACUUGGCGGACUUUGAGACGUACAGCAAGAUGUACAAGGAGUCAAUUGAGGACCCCAGCAAAUUUUUUGGCGAACAGGCGUUAGAACAUUUGAGUUGGGACCGUCCUUUCGACCACGCUAGGUACCCAAAGAGUAGUGAGCAGGACUUUGCUAAUGGGGACAUUGCAUCUUGGUUCGUGAACGGUCAGUUGAAUGCGUCGUAUAAUGCGGUGGACAGAUGGGCUAUCAAGAACCCUGACAAGCCAGCGAUAAUCUACGAGGCAGACGAAGAAAACGAGGGUCGUAUCAUCACAUAUGGUCAGUUGUUGAAGGAUGUGUGUAAGUUAGCACAGUGCUUGACCAAGUUGGGUAUUAGAAAGGGAGACUCAGUGGCAGUAUACUUGCCUAUGAUCCCUGAGGCCAUAGUAACAUUAUUGGCAAUUGUGAGAAUUGGAGCUGUUCAUUCGGUUGUGUUUGCUGGGUUUUCGUCUAGUUCAUUAAAGGACCGUAUCUUGGACGCCAACUCGAAGAUCGUCAUUACUACUGACGAGUCCAAGAGAGGUGGAAAGACUAUCGAAACCAAGAAGAUUGUGGACGAUGCUUUGAAGAGCUGUCCUGAUGUGACCAACGUCUUGCUUUUCAAGAGAACCGGCAAUUCCCACAUUCCUUUCACCGAGGGCAGGGAUUUGUGGUGGCAUGAAGAGUUAGCCAAGUACUCUCCAUACUCGCCCCCAGUUCCAGUUAACUCGGAAGACCCAUUAUUCUUGUUGUAUACUUCAGGUUCGACAGGUAAACCAAAGGGUAUCCAGCAUUCGACCGCUGGGUAUUUAUUGGGGGCCGCCAUGACUUCAAAGUACACAUUUGACGUGCAUGAAGACGAUAUUCUUUUUACUGCCGGGGAUGUGGGUUGGAUUACUGGACACACCUACGUUGUAUACGGACCCUUGUUAUGCGGUGCUACCACUGUGGUGUUUGAAGGUACCCCAGCAUAUCCUAACUACUCGAGAUAUUGGGAGAUUGUUGACAAGUACAAGGUCAACCAAUUCUACGUUGCUCCAACUGCUUUGAGAUUAUUAAAGAGGGCCGGUACCAAGUAUAUCGAAAACUAUAAGUUGGAUUCUUUGAGGGUUUUAGGUUCUGUUGGUGAACCAAUUGCUGCGGAAAUCUGGCAUUGGUAUAACGACAACAUUGGUAGACACAAGUGCCAUAUUGUUGAUACCUACUGGCAAACUGAAUCUGGAUCACAUAUGUUGGCUCCAUUGGCAGGUAUUACUCCAACAAAGCCAGGAUCUGCUUCAUUGCCAUGUUUUGGUAUUGAUGCCAAGAUCUUGGACCCUGUUAGUGGUAAAGAAUUGAAAGAAAACGAUGUCGAAGGGGUUCUUUGUGUCAAGUCGUGCUGGCCAUCGAUUACCAGAGGUAUUUACAGUGACUAUGCGAGAUUUAUUGAAACAUACUUGAAGCCAUAUCCAAAUCAUUAUUUCUCUGGAGAUGGAGCUGCAAGAGAUGUUGAUGGAUUUUACUGGAUUUUAGGUAGAGUCGAUGAUGUUGUUAAUGUCUCUGGUCACAGAUUAUCCACGGCAGAAAUUGAAGCCGCAUUGAUCUUACAUGAUUCUGUCGCUGAGUGUGCAGUUGUUGGAUACGCAGAUGACUUAACCGGUCAAGCAGUCGCUGCUUACGUUUCUUUGAAGGCUAAUGUUUCUGAAGACCUCGAUGUCAUCAAGAAAGAAUUGAUUUUAACUGUUCGUAAGGAAAUUGGUCCAUUCGCUACUCCAAAGACGAUCUUAUUAGUAGAUGAUUUACCUAAGACUAGAUCUGGUAAGAUCAUGAGAAGAAUCUUGAGAAAGGUUUUGGCUGGUGAGGAAGAACAAUUGGGUGAUAUUUCGACUUUAUCAAAUCCUGGUGUUGUUUCACAAAUUAUUGAUGUUGUUAAGGCUACUCGUAAGUAA